CAAAUUUAUAUUGAUUUUGCUACUAUGGUCAAAACCUAGUUCUCUUAAAUUAUCAAAGUUUUGAGAAUUGACAAUGCCACUAAAUAUCUUAGUACUAAACUUCAAUCUUUUCUCAAAUGAUAGGGUGUCAUCUUCUGAUCAACAUCCAUUUUUUUAUUGAUUCUUAUGUUGAGCUAUUCCCUAGUGAUUCUAAUGCAAGAACAUUUGAUGAGCUCUACAAUGCCUUACCACAUGCUCCAACUAGUUCUAUAGAAGAUGAUCUGCUUGCUGAUAAUGCAUUAGAUAAUUUUGAGCCUUCUUAUACUUCCUCAUCUAUAUCACCUGUUGAUGUUGCAUAUGAUGUUGUUGAGCCUACAAAUGAGCUUGUUGUCUCAUCCUCGAGUCAUCUUACUCGGAUCAAAACAAGAUCUGAUGGUUCUGUGGAGUGUUAUAAGACACGAUUAAUUGACAAGGGUUUUACACAAGAGUAUGGAAUAGACUAUGAGGAAACAUUUGCUCUAGUUGCUCAUCUCACAUCUGUGUACAGUUUGCUUAUUAUCGCUGUUAUGCAAAGAUGGAAAUUGUUUCAGAUGGAUGUAGAAAAUACUUUUCUUAAAGGUGACCUAGAAGAAGAAGUUUAUAUGAAACCACCUCCUAAGCUUAACCAUCCUCCAAACAAGGCGUUCAAGAGUUAAAACAAUCUUUUAGUUAGAAAUUUGAGAUGAAAGAUCUUGGUGUUUUGAGCUAUUUUCUGGGGCUUGAAGUCACCUCUUUAGAUGCUGGCUACCUACUUUCUCAAGUAAAGUAUGCCUUCGAUC